CUGGCUGUCGAACUGAUGUCAGACAAAAGAAGCUUCAAGAUCCCAGAAAAAAGAUGCGAUCAUCGCGUUGGCGAACUUUAUAAAAACCGACUUUCUUGCUACGUUACAAUCAUUCGGAAGUUUAUAGUUUUUCGGAUUGUGUUCGUUAUAUCGUUCCAUCGUGUAUCAAAGAUGAAGAUUUUUCGUUACAAGAUCGUUUGGACAGCAAUCUUCGUCAUGACCGGGGCUUUCCCACACUCAGGACCGAUCCUGGAAAAACAUCGCAUUGUUAAAAAAUCAGUUCUUAGAACAAAGCCAAGGUUAGACGCAAUGAUAUAUGGUAAAGUCGCGCAGAAGAUUCGACGAAUGAACGACGUCUAUGACCAAUAUUAUGAAUAUGAGAUUCAAAAUGCAUAUAAACGGCUCGAAAAUUUAAAUGCUGCUGAUACCAAAGUAUUCGUUGAAGAACAAAAUAAACUGACAGAAACUUUCCUGUCCAACUGUACGUUUCGUGAGAAAAUCAAGAACAAAGUGGAGGAUCUUUGGAGAUACGAGACGCAGACAUGCCCAGCAAAAUAUGACAACAAAUAUUAUUAUGAAACGAGUGACGGACGAAAGGAUGAAAAGGUUCUCUAUUAUGUAGAUACACUAGGCGGAAGUCCUAGCGUCUUUUCAUUUCCCAAUACGGACCCGAAUAGAAUUGUUACGCACAAAAAGUUCAGUGGAAAUGGAAAAAUCUUAGCGUACAGCGUGAGCACCAACGGCGAGUCUUCGGACACCGAUAUCUAUUUCAAAGACGUAACAAAUAAUACCCUUUUGCCUAAAUCGUUGUCCAAAGUCAAAUACUCUACGAUAGCGUGGACAAAAGACAAUGGAGGAAUUUUUUACGUCUCAUAUACCGAAGGGGAUGCGGAUACAAGGCGAGGAAUUCAAAAACUCCAUUUGCAUCGUCUGGAGCAAGAGCAAAAUGACGAUACCAUCGUACAGGAAUUUAAAGAUGAGCCGUUCUUUCAAAUUGACGCUGAAGUGACCGAUAACGGGGAGUGGUUGCUAUUCACCGUAACGGAAAAUGUACGGGACAAAUCGGUAUACGCGGCGAAAAUAAGUCCCGAUGGAAAACUCGUAGGUCACGUGACUGAAAUUGUCAAAAAAACCGAACAUGUUGGCCUGCACUUGAAUCUAGAUGCAACGAAACUCCUACCAACUAAUAAAAAUACCACUAUUGACAAGUUUGACACGAUUUUCGAAUACGUAGCGAACGAUGGACCAGAGGCAAUUUUUCUUACAAGUAGGAAUUCUCAGAAUUUCUCACUGAUUAAAAUAAAUCUGAAUAAUCCGGGGGCUGAUUGGUCGGUUUUACUGCCUGAAGAUAAAAAUUUUAAAAUUCUUCAAUGGGCCAAGGCUGUAAACGGUGAUCAUUUCGUUGCGUGUUACCUGGACGAUGUCAGCAACGUUCUCCAGCUACACGAUUUAAAGAAUGGAGAAUAUUUGAAAACUUUUACUGUUCCCCGGUACAGUACAGUUUCUGAAUUUUCCGGUUCUAGAAGCCGUUCAGAGAUCUUCUACAAGGUCACUUCGUUCCUGAUUCCGGGAGAUAUUUACAAGGCGGAUUUGACAGAUCCUAGAAAUCCCAAAGUUACAAUCCAUUACAAAACUACGGUACCCGGAUUCGAUUCUAAAGACUAUAAAGUUCGGCAAGAUUUCUAUCAAUCGAGCUCCCAUAAUACUACAAAAAUUCCUAUUUUUAUUGUCUCCAAAAAGGACCGAGCUAAAAAAGAAUCGAUGCCUGCCCUUUUAUACGGAAAUGGUGGUUUCGGCGUCAGUAUACAACCACAUUUCAGCGUAAGCAGACUCGUAUUCAUGAAAAAUUUCAAUGGUAUUUUCGCUAUUGCCAAUAUUCGUGGAGGAGGCGAAUACGGAGAGAAGUGGCACGACGAAGGAAGACUUUUCAAGAAGCAGAACUCUUUCAAUGAUUUUCAAGACGCUGCGAGAUAUUUGGUCAAUAAAGAGUAUACAACUGCUGGACAAUUGGCUAUUCACGGCGUUGGCAACGGGGGACUACUAGUCGCCGUUUGUAUCAAUCAAAAACCAGAGUUAUUCGGUGCUGCAAUCGCAGAAUCUGGUUUUAUGGACAUGCUCAGAUAUCACAAUUUCGGGAGUGGCUAUUCCUUAAUUCCGGAAUACGGAAAAUGGGAAGUUGAGCAACAGUUUUAUAAUCUGUUGCGAUACUCUCCACUCCACAAUAUCAAACGUCCUCCGUCUUACGUUCCUUUCCCAGCUACUCUAUUACUAACCGAAGAUCACGAUGAGUGCAUAUCACCUAUGCACACCUACAAAUAUAUCGCAUCUCUGCAAUACCGGAAUGGCCUGUUCGGUGGUAACGGUAAGAAUUGCCCUCCGCUUAUGGCGAGAAUUGAAUUGGAGUCCGGCCACGGAAUCGAUGAAUCAAAUGAUAAAGGGAUUAAAAAAUACGCUGAUAUCUUAACGUUCAUUACCUAUUCAUUGGGCUUAAAUUUCGAGGACUAGUAAGAAAAAGGAAGAGGAUUUAGUCAAUAAGGAGAAGAAGAAGAAAGAAGAAAUGGUAAAAAACGAAAAAUAUGUUCGUCAUAGCUUUUAAUUACACUCUACAGACACUUGUUCAGUACUCUAAAAUAUGUAUAGCGACUAUUAUAAGAAAAAAAAUUCCAAAUAAUUGAAUGAAAUAAAUGAAAAAUAUUCCGGGCGAUGUGCCGAGUUAA